AUGUCUCUAAAACAAUCUUCAUUUCAUCAAGAAUCUAUUCAGAAAAAUCCAAUUCGUGUUGGAAUUCGUCUCAUGUUUCAACGUAUUGGUGAAAUCGAUACAUUAAAUGAAAAAUAUCAAGCACAAGCAUUGAUUGAAGCCCGUUGGUUAGUUGAAUCGACUGAUUUAUUAUCAAUUUUAUCACCAAUUGAUCAACAUCAUUUGAAUCAUGGAAAAUCUGUAACUCUUACGAAAUAUAGUGAUAUUCAUUGGCAUCCACAAUUAUUCAUUGAAAAUGCUCUUGGAGAUUUAAAAGAACAAAUAAGAUAUAGUGCAAAGAAAACAUCGAAUGAUCAAGUUUUUAUAUGUGAACAUCGUGAUAUAAAAGGAGUUUUUUGGGAAAAACUUGAAUUAAAUCAUUUUCCAUCUGAUAUUCAAGAAUUAACAAUAUCUGUUGGUUCGAUGUUCUAUGAUGAUCGAGUUGUACUUAUUCCUGAUUCCUAUUAUCGUAGUGGAAUAAAUCGUGAAGCAUUCGUUGAUCAACAAGAAUGGUCAUUGUAUGAAAAUGUUGAUGCAAAACAAAGAUUUAUCAAAGAAUUUGCUUUCAAUGACAACGAUGAUGAAACUCUUGAUAUGAACCCAAACGAUGAAAGGAAACGUUCUGUUGUAUCUGUGUCGUGUCAUACAGCACGUCGUUCUGCUUAUUUCUAUUGGAAUGGUUAUUGCCUUAUUUUUCUUAUUACGACUUGUGCUUUUUGCAUUUUUUCAAUGCCACCAAAUCUACCACAAAAUCGUCUUCAAACUGGUGCAACUCUGCUUCUUACUUCCAUUACUUUUCGUUGGACAGUUAAUCGUUCUCUUCCAACAGUAUCCUACUUGACGUCUCUGGAUAAAUAUGCUAUUAUUUCAAUUUUUAUUCUUAUUCUUUUGUGUGUAUGGCAUGCAAUUAUUGGUGCUAUUAUUUUUAUCGAAAACCGUUCUUCAAUAACAAAUUCAGAAGAUCGAAACUGUUGGAUAGAUCGUUGCGUAUUUUUUAUUCUUUUCGGUUUCUAUAUUAUUAUGCAUCUAGGAAUGUUACUUUGGUUAUAUCUAGUACCACUUGCUCGUAGACGAAAUAUGAAACAAAAGGAUAUACAAUAUAAAGAAAAAAUUCAUAAACAAUUAAAUGAAGUACAACUACUUAACCAAAGCGAUGAUCUCGAAUUAUCGAAUAAAACAAAGAUCAAGAACAAGUAUACCGUGUCGGAAGUGACCUUAUAA